UACUUCCUCGAGGCCGCGUAUCUGCGCGCGGGUCGGAAGUCCGAAUCCGAGAGGACAAAAAAAGACAUCAAAACAAUAAAUAAACACUGUCAAACAUUUGCUAAUAUGGAUCCUCACACAGAAUAUUAAUCUGCGGAUUGAUAAAGCAGCGUUAGGACUGAUCAAUAAGCGCAUAUGAGGCGAUUGAGAGGCGCUGAGGGGGAGUUAGCCGCAGCUGCUAACCCACGAGACUGAGUUCAGACUCAAAACUGAUGGCAGAUUUCACUGAUUUCAGCGUGAUUUCAACUGUAAACUCCACACUCCGGUGAUUUUAAGUGACAGGCGUGUGCGUGGUGUUAGUUGACAGUGUUUAAGUUAAGUUACAGAAGGGUUUUUGUUCAUUGAGGCCUGCUGCAUGAGGAGUCAGUUAACAGUUAAACGGAUAAUUCAGAUAAAAUCACACAGAUUCAGAGGGAUAAACGGUGAAAGAUGUCGGCUCAGGCCCAGAUGAGAGCCAUGCUGGAUCAGCUCAUGGGCACCAGUAGAGAUGGAGACACAAUGAGACAGAGGAUCAAAUUUACAGACGAGCGUGUUUGUAAGAGUCAUCUGCUGGAAUCCUGUCCAAAUGACAUUCUGUCUGGAACUCGCAUGGAUUUGGGGGAGUGUGUUAAAAUUCAUGAUCUCGCUCUGAGGGCAGACUACGAGAUCGCCGCUAAACAGCAGGAGUAUUUCUUUGAACUAGAUGCUGUGGAGCAUCUGCAGUCUUUCAUCGCAGAUUGCGACAGAAGAACAGAACUGGCCAAAAAACGACUGGCUGAAACGCAGGAAGAGAUCAGCGCUGAGGUCGCUGCAAAGGCAGAGCGUGUGCACGAGCUGAACGAGGAGAUCGGGAAGCUACUGGCGCGUGCGGAGCAGUUGGGUGGAGAGGGGAAUGUUGAGGAGGCUCAACAGGUGCUGGAGAAGGUGGAGAAAACACGCAUCCUAAAGAGAGAGGCAGAGGACAUCUACCGCAACUCUAUGCCUGCCUCCAGCUUCCAGCAGCAGAAGCUGCGCGUGUGUGAGGUUUGCUCCGCCUACCUCGGUCUCCACGACAACGACCGCCGCCUAGCAGACCACUUCGGGGGGAAAUUGCAUCUAGGUUUCAUCGAAAUCCGUGAAAAACUUGAAAAACUGAGGAAAGCCGUGACGGAGAAACAGGAGCGCAUGCGGAUGAAAAGAAGAGAGGAACGGGACAAAGAAGAGGAGGGAGCAAGAGAGUGGGAGAUGGAGAGAGAGAGAGAAAGAGAGAGGGAGAGAGAGCGCGAGAGAGAAAGAGAGAGAGAGAGGGAGAGAGAGAGAGAACGCAGGAGGUCAAGAUCUAGAAGUGGUGACCGCUAUCGGGAUGUAGGCAGCUCAUCGUCUCAUCGCUCUCGUCGACACCGCGAGGAUGGAGAGAGGGAGAGAGAGAGGAAACACAGACACAAAGAUCGGCAUCGCUCUCGCUCUCACUCACACAGGAGCAAAAGGAAGAGGUCUUCACACACCAGAGAUCAAGAGCCUUCUCUGCCUCAGGAGAGAUGGAGGGAGAACGCACCAGAAGAGAGAUGGAGAGAUAACGGACGGAGGGAGAUGGAGAGAGAGAUAUCCCCCUCCACCCCCGACAUGAGCCAAAUGAGAGAGCGAGAGAGGUCCGUCUCGCUGGAGAGAGAGCAGCGCUCCAGUUCAGAGGAGAGAGAGUCAGGAGAGAUCUAGAACACAAUGAGAGAUACUUUACAUACUGUAGCCACUGUUCCCUGUUCUGUCUCUUACAGCCAACAUUGAUCAGUCAGUAACUGGAUAUCAGUGACACAUCACACCAUCAGUCUGUUCACAGAAGAGUUUCUGGACUGAUCUGAGCUGUGUGAGAGAGAGAGCACGAGUGUGUAUCUUACCACCCGGUUAUUUGUGCAUCAGUGGAAGCCAGACGGCUACAGAGAGGAAGCCAGUCACAGUUUUCAGAUUGUGUGUGUGUAUGAGUGUGUGAGACCAGCAUAAAGUUUAUUUGAGAUACAGAGACAAGACAAAAAUACAACAGUUAGACAUGUUGAGUAGACAUUUACACACACAUGUGUAUAAAUCAUUCAUAAAUCCAUACGUAUGUACAUUUUCACAUUGAAUUAAAUGUCACAAUUUACAUAAAAUGGCUUUAUGCAUGAUUUAGACACAUUUUGUGAAUAAGAUCAAUUGGGCCUAAUUCAUUAAACGCAAGCAGAAAUAAUUUGUGUAAAUCGUUCAUAAAUCCAAUCGUACGUAAAUUGUGCCAUUGAAUACAACGUGCCAAUUUAAGUACGAUUUUUAUGAAUGGUUUAAAACAUUUCUGCUUGUGUUUAGUGAAAUGGUGCCCAUUGGAUUGCUCAAGAUGGUCCAGAUUGAUGGGCAAACCAAACUAAUGACAGGUGAAAGUACAGCAAGCAGAAAGAGUGAAUUUAGAAGUAGUUUAUUUUUGUCGCGAAAAGGAAGUGGAUACUUGCCGGAAUAACUAAACCACCGUCAAGAGACAUUUUCUAGCUUUUUAAGCUGGCUCCUCUGUUUAUCUUUUGUUUUUAAGAAUUACAUUUCCUAAAAUUGACCUUUUUGAUAUGGAUAUUCUUUUUUUUUUUCUCUAAUUUUUCCCUGCUUUCAUUUGAUAUGGAUUAAACUCGGAGCUGAUCUGAGCAGUAAACUAGAUAAAAAUGUGACUUUACACACAAACCAAACCACCACACAGAAGCGUGCACGUUUGUAGCUUGGCUUACGUUAUGAGCAAUCUGGCUUUCAUGGUACCAUUAUGUGUGUGAAGUUUCUUUCCCCUUUUUAAUCACUCUUUCUUUUUGCUGUGUUGAGAAGUUUUCUGGAAACUUCAACUUGCCUACUCUAUGAAACAAUA